UAGCUUUCUGCCUUAAAGACAAACCAAGCUCAGCCCUAAAUCAAAAACCACAGUCCAUCAUGUUCAAAUACGCCGUUGUCAUCUGCGCCCUGAUUGCCUGUGUGGCUGGCAAGCCGGGACUGCUCCACGCUCCGCUGGCGGCCCUUCCCGCUCCCGUGAUCGCUGCUCCUGCUCCAGUGGUCACUGCCGCCAGUAGCCAGGUGGUGGCCAGGACCUUCAAUGGCAUCGCCGCUGCCCCGGUGAUCGCCCAAGUUCCGGUGGCCCCCGCUCCAGUUCUGAGGACUCUGGCUGCUCCCUUGGCCGCUCCAGCCCCCGUUGCCUUCGCUGCCCCGCUUCCCGCUCCAGUUGCCGCUCCCCUGGCCGCUCCAAUCCUCAACAGAGUGGCUCCUUUCGCCGCCCCCAUUGCCGCUCCCUUCGCUGCCCCCUACGCCCAUCCCUAUGCGGCGCCUGUUUUGGCCAAAUACGCGGCUCCACUGGCUUAUGCCCCAGCACCUUUCAACUACGCCGCACCCGCUUUGUGGUAAAGGAAAAAAUCACAUACCACAGGGAUUAAGCAACCGUUUGUGUG